AGUGGCUCUCAGUGAAUUGUGAACUCUGGUCAAUUGAGGAGGUGCUAAUUCUGUCUGUGAUUAGAAAUAAUAUCCUCAGGGAAUACAAUGACGAUCAGCGGCUUGAGCAUCUUUCGAACAAACUUGCGAAGUUUCGCGAGUUUCACUGCCACAUCGCAGCUUCCGCCGCUGCCGGCCUGCGACUUCGAUGCGCCGCCCUACAGAGGCCCAUCUUACGAAAGAGUGGUUGAGCUGCAGAAGACGCGACUGACGCCCAAUGUGACACCCUACUAUCGGAAGCCGCUGUUAAUUCACUCCGGCCGGAUGCAGUGGCUAUUCGACCACGAGGGCCGGAAGUAUCUGGAUAUGUUCGGCGGCAUCGUCACGGUGUCCGUCGGUCACUGCCAUCCGAAGGUGAACGCCGCACUGGCGGAUCAGAUGGACACUCUGUGGCACACCACGAACAUCUACAUGCACCCAAAGAUUCACGAGUACGCUGAGAGACUUACGCAGACGAUGCCCGGCAAGCUCAACAGGGUUUACUUCGUCAACUCUGGCAGUGAAGCCAAUGAUCUGGCCAUCUUGCUGGCACGUCUGCACACGGGCAAUCACGAGAUCAUCUCCUUUAGGAAUGCCUAUCACGGCGCCUCACCACUCACGAUGGGCAUCACUGCGCACUCCACGUGGCGCUUCCCUCUGCCCGGCGUCAGUAAUGGCAUCAUACACGCCAUGAAUCCCGAUCCCUUCCUCGGCCACUGGGGCGGAAAGCACUGUCGUGACUCUCUGGCGCAGACAAUCCGCGAUUGCAACUGCACCGAGAAGUGCUGCGAAGCCACGGAAAAGUACUAUCACGAGCUGGAACAGAUCUUCAGGUUCUCCCUGCCGCGCGGAAGAGUGGCUGGCAUGUUCGCCGAGUCGAUUCAGGGCGUGGGCGGAACAGUGCAGUAUCCCAAGGGCUACAUAAAGAAGGCAGCCGAGCUAGUGCGCCUCAACGGAGGUGUCUUCAUCUCCGACGAGGUGCAAUCGGGCUUCGGUCGCACGGGGGAUCAUUUCUGGGGAUUCCAGGGCCACGGAAUCGUGCCGGACAUCGUGACGUGUGCCAAGGGCAUUGGCAAUGGUUUUCCCAUUGGCGCUGUGGUGACGACAGAAGAGAUCGCGCAGUGUCUGGACAAGGCGCUGCACUUCAACACUUUCGGCGGAAAUCCACUGGCCAGCGCCGUGGGAAUCGCCGUGCUGGACGUGAUUGAGGAGGAGGAGCUCCAGAAGAACUCUCAGAUUGUGGGAUCAGUUCUCAUCAAGGGACUCCUCGAGUUGCAGCAGAAGCAUGAGAUUAUUGGGGAUGUCAGAGGAAAGGGUUUGAUGAUCGGAGUUGAGCUUGUUGAGGAUCGCGCAACGAGGAAACCGCUCAGCACGCCUCACGUGGUGGAAAUCUGGGAGAAGUGCAAGGAUAUGGGAGUCCUACUUGGGCGCGGCGGCCUGAAUGGCAAUGUCUUCCGCAUUAAACCUCCCAUGUGCAUUAACACACACGAUGUCGAAUUCACACUGCAAGUCCUUGGCCAUGUGCUGGAGAGCCGAAGCGCAUAAACAUUCACAGGAUUUUUCUCAUGGGACCCUCAGGAUCAAGCCUCCGAUGUGCAUAAAUGUGGACGACGCUCAAAUCACACUCGACGUGCUGAACUGCGUCUUGUUGUGGCAUUUCAAGAAAAAACGG